CUUCUUUCCCUAUUACAUCAUAAUUCAAAAUGUCGAUUCAAAUCCGUCCCUUUACCGUUACUUCAAAUUUAUUGGCAUUGUCCUUGGCAGGGCUUUCGCAGUCAGCUUCAAAUAACUUGGGAAGUCUUGACAGCUGGGCAAACUCCCAAGGAAAUGAUUCCGAUGAUUCCAGCAACAACGAUGAUGAAAGUGAUAAGAAGAACAACGAUGAUGAAAGUGAUAAAAAGAACAACGAUUCUAAUCAAGCAACGCAAAAGCAAGCCGCCGACACAACUCAGAAUGCACAAGCUACUCAAGCUACCCAAGCUGAUCAAACAGCUGUGACUGUGGGAAAUACUCAAGCGACUGCUCAACAAACUGAACAAAACACUGGAUUAGUUACAGUAACUGGUUCACCUACUUCUUUAGCUGCUGCCGUAACCACUGGUACUGCCACUACUCAAAAAACUACAGAUACUGCUGCUACAAAUACAAAAACUUUUAACCAAUGGGGAUUCACUGGUUCCAACUCUGUCUGGAUUGAUAUUGGUUCUGAAGCUACUUCUGCCACGAAUAUGAAACUGGGAGCUACCACUUUAAGUACGUCUAAUAAAAAUUCCAAAUCAGACUCUUCAACAACUGCUAGUGUUACAAAGGCAUCUGGAGCUCAAAGAAAUGGGGGGUUUGUAGGUGACAACCGAGACCUUAGUUGGAAGAAAUCCUUAUUAAUUGGUGGUGUUCUUGGAGUAAGUUUAUUCUUAAAUGCAUUGUAGGGGAAUAUAUUUCUCUACCCUUUCUAUUAUUUAUAUGGUAUCUAUGUGGUUUUUUUUUUUCCUUUCUUUCUAUUUAUAAGCUUCUUUAGUAUAUGGCUGGGCAAAAUAAAACAAAAAGUAUUUUCUGUU